AAAUACCCUUUUUAAAUCAAACAAAAAGAAAAAUACAAAACUUCUUCAUUUUACCUUCCUAGAAAUAUCUUCACAUCCUUUAUAUCAUCAUUUCCUAAACACUUUCUCAUCUUCUUCUUCUUCUUCUCCAUCUUCAUUUUCUCAUUUCACCAUAUUAAACCUACCUCAAUUCAAUUUAUUAUUUUUCCAUAAUCUUCAUAUUUUUUUGUUAAUAAAAACAAAACAAAACAAACACUCUUCAUCUUUCAUUUUCAUUUUCAUCUAAGACUAAAACUUCAUAACCUUCUUCUCCAUAAUUCAAUCCAAUGACCUCUUCAUUUUUUUCUGACCUACUUAAUUCUCCAACCGAUCAAAACCUUAGAGACACCGAAAGAUCUCAUAAUAAUCAAGUGUUGUCGGAUCAAAACGGGUCGGGUUUGCCCAAAUUCAAAUCUACACCUCCUCCAUCUCUUCCUCUUUCUCCUGCACCUCUCUUUUCUCCUUCUUCUUACUUUUCUAUCCCUCCUGGCUUCUCCCUCUCUGAGCUUCUUGAUUCUCCUGUUCUCCUUAAUUCUUCUCAUAUUCUUCCAUCUCCAACAACUGGAUCAUUUGCUAAUAAUCAAGCUCUUAAUUGGAAAAGCAAUUAUGGUGAAAAGCAGCAGAAUGUGAAAGCAGAAGAUAAAACCUUCUCAAAUUUCUCCUUCCAAGCUCAACCUGCGCUUAAUCAAUCUUCAGCCGCCACAGCUCAAAACAAUAAUGGAUGGAGUAUGGUGAAAACAGAAAACUCUUCUUCAAUGCAGAGUUUCAAACCAGAGAAUAAUUCUACUAGUGAACAAAAUAAUCACAAAAGAGGUUUACAAUCAGAUAAUUACAACAAUUAUCAAACUCAACCACAACAACAACAAGUUCAAACACUUAGUAGAAGAUCAGAUGAUGGAUACAAUUGGAGAAAAUAUGGACAAAAACAAGUAAAAGGAAGUGAAAAUCCAAGAAGCUAUUAUAAAUGCACUUAUCCAAAUUGUCCAACAAAGAAAAAAGUUGAAAAGAGAGCUAUAGAUGGACAAAUUACUGAGAUUGUUUAUAAAGGUACUCAUAAUCAUCCUAAGCCUUUGGCUAAUAAAAGGAACAUGAAUUCAAUGUCUUCAUCGUCGUCGUCUGUUGCAAAUCCUCCUUCAAAUGGUUUUGAAAAUGAAAUGCAAAUGGUUUUGGUUACUACACCGGAGAAUUCGUCCAUAUCGAUUGGAGAUGAUGAUUUUGAGCAGAGUUCUCAUAAAUCAGGUGGAGAUCAUGAGUUUGGUGAUGAUGAUCAACCCGAUGCCAAAAAAUGGAGAAUUGAAGGUGAAAAUGAGGGGAUAUCAUCAGGAGUUGGAAAUAGAACAGUGAGGGAACCUAGAGUUGUGGUUCAGACAACAAGUGACAUUGAUAUUCUAGAUGAUGGGUAUAGAUGGAGAAAAUAUGGGCAGAAAGUAGUAAAGGGAAAUCCAAAUCCAAGGAGUUACUAUAAGUGUACAAACCCAGGAUGUCCAGUGAGAAAACAUGUCGAACGAGCUUCACAAGAUCUAAGAGCAGUAAUAACAACCUAUGAAGGAAAACACAAUCAUGAUGUUCCGGCGCCACGUGGCAGUGGAAACCACUCUAUAAACAAACCACAACCAAAUAUGCCAACUAUAAACAACACCAACAAUGGAUUCUUCAACCAUGAGAUGAUGCAAAACAAUGGAUUUCCAAUGGAUUCUUACAUGAAUAAUAUGAAUCAACGUGUUAAUAAUAUUGUUAGAGGUAGAGCUAAGGAUGAGCCUCUUGAAGAUAACUCUUUUUUUGAUUCUUUGCUAUCUUGAAAGGAAUAUUCCUUUUUUUUUGGCAUAGUUUUUUAUGGUUUGAAUUUUUUUUAUAGGGUUGGUUUAGGAUUUAUUUUAUACCAUACAUAUGAAUAAGAUCAAGUUCAUUCCAUUUAUUGUAUUUUUUUAAUGUAUAUUUUUUUUGCUAAACAGUUUAAGUGAGUCGAGUUAUGAGAAUUUAUUAGAGUUAAGGUUGAAGCAGACUUCAUAAUUUUACUGUAAUUUUUUUAUGCUACAAAAAUGGAUUUGUAUACUGUAUAGUUUCGGUGAUAUAUAUAAUUGCAAUUUUUGUUUUAUAA